GAAUAUUUUCUAUCAAAUGAACUUACACAUACAUAUAUUUCUUGUGGCAAUGAAUCCCAUAUGCAAUGUCGAUAUCACCAAACCAGAGUGCCAAAAAUGGAUGGUUGAAGUUUACACCAGGUGUAAAGACCUUUUUAGGCGGGAAGUGCCAGUGAGGAUGUCCUAUUGGUGGUUCGAUAUAACGCCCGCCAUUUACAAGGAGAAACUAGAGUCCAUGACAAGAUCCGACUGCCAUAAACUGAGACGGCGACUGGCCCGACAAUUGGAGGACGAAGAGGGUAUUGGUAAAUUCUUGAUUGGAAUUCUUGCCCUUAUACUGGCUAGUCUCCUGAUCGUUGUCACACUGGUUCUCCUGUGCCGCAUGACAUUGAGACAGAUCCGGUUAAAAUACAGGAUCGAUACUCCGAUUUCAGAGGAUAUUCCCGAGGAACCUCCUCCUGAGAUACUUCCCAUGCCUAUGAAAAGGAGGAAAAACUUCAAGAGCUGGUUGCGAGGACACUGUCGGCCCCUUUUUGUGCACAGUGAAGCCGAGAUGAGAAACCAAAGGGAUAAGGCCCACAGAGUAAAGGCUGUCCACAAAGAACUGACCAAGGAAAAGCUUGUAUUGUGGAGUCAGGCCCGGGAAAGAGAUGCUCUCAAGAAAAAGGAAAAGUUGGCGAAAAAGAAGGUCCAUCGUCACAAUCCUAUAUCCACUACAAGCUAAGCUUUAUAUAUUUUUUAAAUAAAACACUUUCUUUAAAUUA